GUCUCUCAGCUUCGGGUUUGGACGCUCCUGCAGGCUCCGCCCCUGCAGGCUCUGCCGCCCCUGCAGGCUCCGCCCCUGUCUACAUGCAGCUGUGGUUCAUGGUGUUGAUGGCGGCCAUGGCUUUGAUCCUGUUAGGGGUUUCUCUGGGCGUCGGCCUGCACAGGGCUCUGUCCCGCCCACCAUAUGCCCGGGAACGCCCGCCUCUCAUCCCCCUGCCCCUACAGCCCCGCAGCCCCAGGGGGAUUUACCCCCCCAGCAACGCCUACCUGUUUGACUCGGUUCCGGAUGCGACCAGUUCACCGAACAACGUCACACUAAAAGCCUUCACCAUGCACAUGGAGGAAGUGAUAGACAGUAAAGAGGUGGAGAACAACGAGGGCAUGACGGAGAACCGGAUUGGGGUCGUUACCGUGUCGACGGUCCACAUGUCCUCUCAUGACACGACCCAGAAUCAUCUGCGGCGCAGUGUGAGUCAGAUGAUUGACAGGAAGUCGGGGGAGGGGCAGGAUGACACAUGGGAUCCACAUUUUCGAGGUCACGACAGCGGAAUGUUUGAUGAAGAGUUUGUUGACACCAUUAAAGGUUUCAGUACGGUGAGAAAAGAGCACACCAUGUUCACCGACACCAACCUCUGACCUUUCUGGAUCGACGAAUCUGCGGGCCGUUGAGAGAAGCUAGCGGCAAGUCGUUAGCGCCGCGGUCUCGUCCAUCCAGAGCACGAGCAACGGCUAACGAGGCGUGGUGAUGAUGUCAUAACAGGAAGUGGACCAUUAUACAAAUCUCAUUCAAGUUGCAAUAAAACUUAUUUACUGUAA